AUGCCGGCAGUGCGGCUUCAGACAUGCCCACAGAUGGCACUGGGCCCAUCAGGUGUCGUCAAGCUUGACCCUUGGCUGGAGCCGUUCAGUGACUCUCUAAGGAGUCGGUUCAGCAAAGCCCAAGAAUGGAUCAGCAAAAUCGACGAAACCGAAGGUGGACUGGCUCGUUUUUCUCAGGGCACUGAGAAGUUCGGCUUCAAUGUAGACGCCCAGAACAAUAUUCACUACCGUGAAUGGGCUCCCAACGCUCAACAGGCGAGCCUUAUUGGAGAAUUCACCAUGACUGACCACCCAAUGGAUGAUUGGAACAGAGAUUCUCACCCUAUGACCAAGGAUGAUUUCGGGUGCUUCGAAAUUACCCUCCCUGCCGUCAACGGCCAGCCAGCAAUCCCUCAUAAUUCCAAGCUCAAGAUCUCCAUGGUCAUCCCAGGAGGGGAGAGAAUAGAUCGACUCCCUGCUUGGAUCAAGUAUGUCACUCAGGAUUUGGCGGUGUCACCCGCAUACGACGCCAGAUUUUGGAACCCGCCUGCGAGUGAAAAGUACGAGCUCAAGCACCCGCGCCCCAAGAAGCCUACCAGCCUCCGUGUGUACGAGGCUCACGUCGGCAUUUCAACGCCUGAUCAACGUGUGGCUACGUACAAGGAGUUCACAAAGAAUAUGCUGCCUCGCAUCAAGAACUUGGGCUACAACGUCAUCCAAUUGAUGGCCGUAAUGGAGCAUGCUUACUACGCUAGCUUCGGCUACCAGAUCAACAACUUCUUCGCCGCCAGCAGCCGUUACGGCACGCCUGAGGACCUGAAGGAGCUCAUCGACACCGCUCACAGCCUGGGCCUUGUUGUUCUCCUCGAUGUUGUCCACAGCCAUGCCUCGAAGAAUGUGCUGGAUGGUCUCAACGAGUUUGACGGCAGCGAUCAUCAGUACUUCCACGCCGGGCCCAAGGGACGCCAUGACCAGUGGGACAGCAGGCUGUUCAACUAUGGCCACCAUGAGGUUAUGAGAUUCUUGCUCAGUAACCUUAGGUUUUGGAUGGACGAGUAUCACUUUGACGGCUUCCGUUUCGACGGUGUCACCAGUAUGCUCUACCUCCAUCACGGGAUGGGAUUUAAUAGCGGGUUUUCUGGCGGCUACCACGAAUAUUUUGGAGAAAAUGUCGACACCGAGGCUGUCGCUUAUCUCAUGCUGGCCAACGAGCUGUUGCAUUCACUCUACCCAGAGGUGAUCACCAUUGCCGAGGAUGUGUCUGGUAUGCCUGCUUUAUGCCUUCCACUGUCGCUUGGAGGUGUGGGCUUCGACUACCGUCUGUCGAUGGCUGUGCCUGAUAUGUGGAUCAAGAUCCUCAAAGAGCUGAAAGACGAGGAAUGGGAUAUUGGCAACAUUUGCUUCACCUUGGUGAACCGCCGAGAUGGCGAGAAGACCAUUGCAUACGCAGAAUCUCACGACCAAGCUCUCGUGGGCGACAAGACACUGAUGAUGCACCUCUGCGACGCAGAGAUGUACACGAACAUGUCGGUGCUGUCACCAUUCACGCCUGUCAUUGAACGUGGCAUGGCCCUGCACAAGAUGAUCCGCUUCUUGACACACAGUCUGGGAGGUGAAGGCUACCUCAACUUCGAGGGCAACGAAUUUGGCCAUCCUGAAUGGCUCGACUUCCCGCGUGAGGGUAACAACAACUCCUUCUGGUACGCCAGGCGCCAGCUCAACUUGCCUGACGAUGAUCUUCUUCGCUACCGCUUUCUCAACAAUUUCGAUCGAGCUAUGAAUUGUACGGAGGAUAUGAUCGGCUGGCUUGGUGCCCCACAGGCAUACAUCUCACUGAAGCACGAGGGUGACAAGGUGAUCGUCUUUGAGCGCGCUGGAGCUGUGUUCAUCUUCAACUUCCACCCCAGCAACAGCUACUCGGACUACCGCAUCGGCAUCGACGUGCCGGGAACCUACCGUAUCGCUCUGAAUACGGACACUGCGGAGUUUGGAGGAUUCGACCGCGUUGAUCUCAAGACGCGGUUCUUCACCACACCCAUGGACGGCAUUUCCUCCAUCGCUCGCGCGGCUCGCCCUGCCUACAGGGCCACGGCUCCUCGCACCCUCAAGGCCGUUCCCUUCCGAUCGAUCAACAACCGAUGGGCGAGCACUGCCGCCGCCGGUGCUGGCGAUGGCAAGAUUCACCAGGUCAUUGGUGCCGUCGUUGAUGUCAAGUUCGACGGUCAGAAGCUGCCUUCCAUUCUGAACUCCCUGGAGACCCAGAACAAUGGCCAGAAGCUCGUUCUCGAGGUCGCGCAACAUCUCGGAGAGAACGUUGUACGCUGCAUUGCCAUGGACGGUACUGAGGGUCUCGUCCGUGGUGCCAAGGCCACCGACACCGGUGCUCCCAUCACCAUCCCCGUCGGUACCGCCACUCUUGGUCGCAUCAUGAACGUCACUGGUGACCCCAUUGACGAGCGUGGUCCCAUCAAGUCUGACGCCCACCUUCCCAUCCACAGGGAGGCUCCCGAGUUCGUUGAGCAGUCCACCUCUGCUGAGGUCCUGGUCACUGGUAUCAAGGUCGUCGACCUUGUCGCCCCCUACGCCCGUGGUGGAAAGAUUGGUCUCUUCGGAGGUGCUGGUGUCGGCAAGACCGUCUUCAUUCAGGAGCUUAUCAACAACAUCGCCAAGGCUCACGGUGGUUACUCCGUCUUCACUGGUGUCGGUGAGCGUACCCGUGAGGGUAACGAUCUGUACCACGAGAUGCAGGAGACCUCUGUCAUCCAGCUUGAUGGCGAGUCCAAGGUCGCCCUGGUGUUCGGUCAGAUGAACGAGCCCCCCGGUGCCCGUGCCCGUGUCGCCUUGACUGGUCUCACUGUAGCUGAAAGCUUCCGAGACUCCGAUGGCCAGGAUGUUUUGCUCUUCAUUGACAACAUUUUCCGCUUCACCCAGGCCGGUUCCGAGGUGUCUGCCCUGCUGGGCCGUAUCCCCUCUGCCGUCGGUUACCAGCCUACUCUCGCCGUCGACAUGGGUAUGAUGCAGGAGCGUAUCACCACCACCAAGAAGGGUUCCAUUACCUCCGUCCAGGCCGUCUACGUGCCUGCUGACGAUUUGACUGAUCCUGCCCCCGCCACCACCUUCGCCCAUUUGGACGCCACGACUGUGUUGUCCCGUGGUAUCUCCGAGUUGGGUAUCUACCCUGCCGUCGACCCCCUCGACUCUAAGUCCCGCAUGCUUGACCCCCGUAUCGUCGGCCAGGACCACUACGACACUGCGUCCCGCGUCCAGCAGAUCCUCCAGGAGUACAAGUCGCUCCAGGAUAUCAUUGCCAUUCUGGGUAUGGACGAGUUGUCUGAGGCUGACAAGCUUACUGUCGAGCGUGCCCGUAAGAUCCAGCGUUUCCUGUCGCAGCCCUUCACUGUUGCCCAGGUCUUCACUGGUAUCGAGGGUCAGCUCGUUGACCUGAAGGAGACCAUCAACUCUUUCAAGGCCAUCCUCAACGGUGAGGGUGACAACCUUCCCGAAGGUGCUUUCUACAUGGUGGGCGACUUUGCCUCUGCCAAGGCCAAGGGUGAGAAGAUCCUUGCCGAGCUCGAGGGCCAAUAA